AUGCCACGUCGUUUGUUGCGAUGGGGCAAUACGAACGAGGCGGCGGGAUCCCACGUUGAUUUCAAGCCACAGAUUCCUGUCAUCGCCGAAGUUGCUCCCAUCCAUGUCAAGAGGAAUCAAGGAGUCGACAUGGGCCACCCUGACUCUGUCGAACCCCAGAAAAACGUUGGUUGA